CGCUGAAAAAAGGUGACGCGUGUGCAUCAGUGACAUUAAAGGAGCGUGGGGACCUGAACACCGCAUCAGAGUCUCCUCGAUACAGACACACUCUCAGAGAGUGAGAGAGAGAAAGUAGCGGUAGUACACACUCACGCUAGUUCUAGGGUCCGAACCACCCAGCGCCUUUCAACUCCGUCGCAUCACCGCCAUGGAAACUCCGUCGCAGCAACCUCCGGCGAAGAAGAAGGAGACGCGGGGCCGCAAGCCCAAGCCCAAGGAGGACAAGACCGAGGCCCACUCGGCUUCGAAAACGAAGAAGGCCCAGCAGCAACAGCAACAGCAGCAGCAGCACAGCGUCGACGAGAAGUACACUCAGUGGAAGUCUCUCGUCCCCGUCCUCUACGACUGGCUCGCCAACCACAACCUCGUCUGGCCUUCCCUCUCUUGCCGGUGGGGCCCGCAGCUGGAGCAAGCUACCUACAAGAAUCGCCAGCGGCUCUAUCUCUCUGAGCAGACUGAUGGCACGGUUCCGAAUACUCUGGUUAUUGCGAAUUGCGAGGUUGUCAAACGCAGAGUUGCGGCUGCAGAGCACAUUUCUCAGUUCAAUGAGGAAGCGCGCUCGCCGUUUGUGAAGAAGUACAAGACCAUCAUACAUCCUGGGGAGGUAAACAGAAUUAGAGAGCUUCCGCAGAACACUCAGAUAGUGGCAACACAUACUGAUAGUCCUGAUGUCCUUAUUUGGGAUGUUGAAGCUCAACCUAACCGUCAUGCUGUCAAUGGGGCUACAAACUCACGUCCGGAUUUGAUUUUGACUGGACAUCAAGAUAAUGCAGAAUUUGCUCUUGCAAUGUGUCCAACUGAACCCUAUGUGCUCUCUGGAGGUAAGGACAAAACAGUGGUUCUGUGGAGUAUUCAGGACCAUAUAGCAGCAUCUACCACAGAUCCAGCAGCAACCAAGUCUCCAGGAUCUGGUGGAUCAAUUAUUAAGCCUGAGGGUGGUAAUGAAAAGAUCGCUGAUGGUCCUUCUGUUGCACCAAGAGGUGUCUACCAGGGCCAUGAGGAUACAGUGGAAGAUGUGGCAUUUUGCCCAACUAGCUCACAGGAGUUCUGUAGUGUUGGUGACGAUUCUUGCCUUAUACUAUGGGAUGCACGUGUGGGUUCUAGCCCUGCUGUUAAGGUUGAAAAAGCGCACGAUGGCGAUCUUCACUGUGUUGAUUGGAAUCCCCAUGAUGAUAACCUUAUCCUAACAGGGUCAGCAGAUCAUUCUGUUCGCAUGUUUGAUCGGCGGAAUCUCACUUCUGGUGGAGUUGGGGCACCUAUUUAUAAGUUUGUGGGUCAUACAGCUGCUGUUCUUUGUGUCCAGUGGUCUCCAGACAAAUCAUCCGUCUUUGGAAGUUCUGCAGAGGAUGGUCUGUUAAACAUUUGGGAUUAUGAGAAGGUCAGUAAAAAGGAGCGAACUUCCAAGAACUCAACUUCUCCUCCUGGAUUGUUUUUCCAGCAUGCUGGACACAGGGACAAAGUUGUUGAUUUUCAUUGGAAUGCAUCUGACCCAUGGACUGUUGUUAGUGUGUCUGAUGACUGUGAUACUACUGGUGGAGGGGGUACAUUGCAGAUAUGGCGCAUGAGUGAUUUGAUCUACAGGCCUGAAGAAGAGGUUUUGGAAGAGCUCGAGAAGUUCAAGUCACAUGUGAUUUCUUGUGCAAAGCCUUGAGUAUCAGCACUCAUUGUCAGAUUGCCCGAGGAAAAUUUCAUUUUCUAGCUUAGGAGUAUCCAACUGUCUUGUUAGGGACAGGUAGGGAGGAUUUUCUAGGUGUGCUGUUAGAUUAUUGCAUAUUGAAUAUGAGAGAUUCAAAAUGAGGUUAAUGUCAUGCUACUAAGUACUUGCUGUGUUUGGGGGCACUUGCUCCAGCGGGAUGAGAUUCUUUUAACCUAGAUUGCGCAACGCCUAAUUUACUUGGACUC